AUGGACUUUCUCGAUAUCGCAAAGACCUGCCGGCGCUUUUACCAAAUCGUCCUUCCCUUGAUGUACCAUAGAUUCAGCUUAUCAGUGGGCCACUUCAUCAUCACACAAUGCGUUCCCAUGCCCUUGAAAGCGCUCAAGCUCCUCGGGCGAUCUCUCCGGGAGAACCCGAGCCUGGGCUCGUACUGCAAGAAGAUCUGGUUGCAGCUAGAGCAUCCCCGGAUUCCCGAGGGCGAGCCAUGGGAGGAUAUCCACCUCACGGACCUUGUCGUGGACCCCGAUGUUUUAGAGGGGAUACAGCUCACCAAGGAUCUGGUGGGGUUGCUCACCGGCGUGGAAGAUUUGUACGUGACGGGCGGUUUCCACCAUUACCAACACGUAGGGGUAUGGGACAUUAUUGCCACGGCCACGGCCAGGAUGCCAAAGCUAUAUGAGUUGAACCUCAACCAUUGGUCCCAACCUGUGCCGGAAUGCACGGGACCUCUCCUCAAGUGCACUGCGCUGUCUACUAGCCUCAAACACCUGGUGGUCGACAAGAUUGCGGAUCACGACUCUCCGUUAGAUAAAAUCGCCAAUAUGCGUCACCCCACGAUCGAGCAGCUCACCAUCACCACCAACCGCACCGGAGUCGAGCGCGCCAAGACCCUCAUCGCCUGGCCCGAGAACCUCGUCGAGCUCGCGUUGGAAACGGACCCCGAUGGCUACGGAUCGGCCGAGCGGCCCGGCAUAGCGCAGUUCAUGCGUCUCCUCGGCCCCCAGAAGCGCACCCUCCGCAAGCUCGCCCUCGGCAGCACCAAGAGGAUGACCGGCCUCCAGACCUUUGACGUGCGGGAUUUCGACAAGCUCGAGGAGCUCAACGUGUCGGUGACGUCGGUUAUCCCGGAGCAAGGCUUGCAGGAGAGGCUCUUGGCGCCGGGGCUCCGCAAGUUUACGCUCUGCUUCAACACCGAGGGGGAUCAGAGGGAUGGGGUGCUACCCGUCGGACUGCGGGCCCAAGGAGAUUGCUUGGCUGCGGGGUUGGCGCUGCUGGCGCUGGAACGCAAGGUGCCGCUCGAGGAGAUUUUUCUGGACUUUUACCCCGACGAUCAGGGUAUGCGCCCGGAGGAGCUUGGAGACAUGAUCAAGUCGUGGGAGUAUAUUGAUCAGCUCCGGGAUGAACUGGGGCCGUUGGGGAUCAAGGUAAAGUGUGCUUCCAUGGUGGGGGAUCUGGUGAGAGCGUGGAAGAAGUGUUGGGGGAUAGACCAGGAAGAGAAGGCGAAUGAAGCUGAAGAGGAAGUAGAGGGCGGCUUGGAACCUUGGGAGCUUGAAGAGGAUAGCAACGGUGAUCCGAUCGUUCCUUUGGAUGGGGAUACACAGGAAAACAAGAUUACGGGGUAUUUUCAGGCGCAGCCAAGGCCUUGA